UCAUCCAACUCCAAGAACACAACAGCUUAGAGCAAGCUCAAGUGAAGUGAGCUGAUCAGAUCGACCAAUAACAAAUCCCCAAGAACAGCCUACUAGCUACCCACCAAUUCGCUCGAUCAGCAAUGGCAGACAGAGUGACGAAGCUGGCGUCGCAGCGGGCGGUGGUGAUCUUUGGGGCGAGCAACUGCUUCAUGUGCCACACGGUGAAGACGCUCUUCACAGAGCUGGGCGUGAGCUGGACGGUGCACGAGCUGGACAAGGACCCCCGCGGGAAGGACGUCGAGAGGGCGCUCGUUGGCAUGGUCGGACGGAGCCCGCCCGUGCCAGCCGUCUUCAUCGGUGGCAGGCUUAUCGGCACCACCGACCAGGUCAUGACGCUGCACGUCGGCGGCCAGCUCGUGCCGCUCCUCCGCCAGGCCGGCGCCCUGUGGCUUUGAAGAGUCAUGGGCAGCAGUGGCUGAUGGUGCGAGCAGUUAUGUGCGAUCGCAGCCUCGAAAUCGAGCGAAGCUAGUGAUCAUGUAGUGCGUGCACUGCAGUGCAGCUACGUAAUUUUGAAAAGGUCAUCAAACAUAUUAACGGUUAUGACCUUUCAGUUGUACCUCGUUGUCAUGAAAAGAGUAGAAAGGAUGCUUUGUAAGAGAUGAGCAUCCUGAGCAAUAUUAAAAGAGCU